AUGAAUUCGACGAAUUCGAACGUGGGCAAGUCCCUCCCCACGCCAUCGAACCAUUCGUCACACAUACCAACCGGGCCGGCUACAUCCAGCAUCGAAUCGUCGCGUCGCCCAGCACUUGCCGGGCCAUCGAAUUCGUCUUCAAAUCCAAGGAAGAGCCAGACCUCGCGCAAGCAGCACAAGAACCAACGCCGCCCUGGUGGCGGUGAGCGAUCGUACACCUCACCCGAUGCAUAUGACGCCAUGGCGGAGCGUCAUGUUUUCGGGAAUCUGAGCGGGCGAAGGGGCCAGACGUCGAUAACACACUUGCUCAACUAUCACGCCCCGCGACCUCAUUACGCUUCUGACAACACGAGGAAUUGGAGGAGAAAUACUGGGGUCGGUUCGGGCUACCACGUCUCUGACAAAUCUCGAUACGUCCACGCCAACUACCGAUUCGUCGUCUCGCCGGAGGGUUCCUACGCGAAACAAGCAUCCGAUACUGACGCACACCUGGACUGGAACGAUGUGCUGCAGGUGAUUGCAUCGACAGAAUCGCAAACAACGUCGUGUCCUAUCUGUCUUGACGAGCCGGUGGCGCCUCGCAUGGCAAAGUGUGGUCACAUUUUCUGCCUGCCGUGCCUGAUUCGCUUCAUGCACACAGCUUCGAAAGAGGAUGGCGGGAAAAAUCAAAAGGGCUCAAGAUGCCAGCAGUGUCCAAUCUGCGAAGACUUUAUAUAUCUCCACGACGGACGACCAGUGCGGUUCUACGCUGGACAGGAGAGCCCGCUGCCUCGCGUAGGUGACGAUGUUGUUCUGCGGCUAAUGGCCAGGAACGCCGAUUCGAUCAUCGCGCUACCGCGUGAAGGGGGCGUCGAGGUGCUGAACUCUGGGCAAGCCAUUCCUUGGCAUUCGGAUGUGAAUGUCUUGGAUUAUGCGCGUGUCAUGAUGGGAAGCGAGCAGUAUAUGCUGGAGCAGUGUGACGAAGAGGUUGCGGCACUCGAGCGACAGGAAAAGAUUGACGAGACACUGUUCGGCUCGGAUAAUGAGUGGACACAGAAGGCUAUGAAGGCGGUUCGAAACCUGAAAGAGCGCUACAAUGGUCUCGGCAGCGUUGAGUCCGCGCUGGCGUCGGCAAAGAAUCCGCCUCGCCGUUCAUCGGAAGCCGACUUUUAUUUCUACGGCUCACAGCCACAUCUCUAUCUCUCGCCUUUGGACAUCCGGAUCCUCAAGACAAAGUAUGGGUCUUUCUCCUCGUUUCCGUCCACCUUGCUACCUCGAGUCGAACACAUUUCUACAGGCCAUGUCGUGGACGAGGCUAUGCGCAAGCGAGCACGCUAUCUUGGUCACCUACCGCGCGGCUGCAUUGUCAACUUCAUCGAAUGCGACUGGACAGACAUCGUGCCCGAGGAGACACUCGAGACCUUCAAGGUUGACAUUGAGAGGCGAAGAAAACGAAAUCAGGACAAGGCUACGCAAGAAGAGAGGGAGCGCGCGCAGGCUGAGCGCUUGGCGGCUGCCGAACUGCGCCGCACCACUGGCCAGCGCAUUCCCGCCAGCAUGGAAGCAGAGACGCCCCCCAUGGACAUGUCUGAUUUUCAGCCCUUGAAUGGAUCCUCGGGCACAACGCCGCCGGAACCCCGAACUGGGUUUGAGACAUUGGCGUCCAUGUCGACAAGUCCCGACUCGCACCGCACCAUCUGGGGCACAAGGGCGAUCAAUGCCUCACCGGAGCUGCAAGCGCAACACUCUGGGCCGGUCGACGAUGGGUGGCUGAACGAUGACGCGCUACUGAGCGAACACGAUCUCGCGGCCCAGAUGGAAGCUAUGCGGGCGUUUGAUGGCAGUGAAGAGCAGGAGUCCGCCGGUCCCAGCAGCCAGGCUCCGACACCGACAGCGGUUGGCAGCAAGAAGAAGAAGAAGCAGAAGAUUACACUGAUGAGUACUGGUGGACGCCGGGGAUUAUGA